CUAUGAUUCGUUAGCCAUUUGUCAUCAGGAAGUCAUACAGCUUCAUUAUUGAGGAAACGAGAAUGGCACUAGUGUUCAAAACCUUGAUACUUGUUUUGGUGACAAUAUCGACCAAUGGAUUUCUGAUGUCGAAUACAACGAGCGCACCAUGUAGAGACGACCAGCCGAACUGUCAGAUUUUAGACGACAACUUCGCAGUAUGCAAAGAUCCACAAAAGGCAAGGGAAUUGUGUAGGCGUUACUGCAAUUUCUGUGACACAGUCGAUGGCGAUUGGUCAGUUUGGGGCACGUGGGGUGGAUGUGACGUCACAUGUGGAAAUGGGACAAGAAGACGCACUAGAUCCUGUAAUAACCCUGCGCCUGCUCAAGGUGGGAUGUAUUGCGAAGGGUCUUCCACAGAAACGAGCGAUUGUGGAAUCAACAAAUGUCCAGGUUCAAUUGAGUAA